UGUAGUUGGUCCAACGGAGGACAGGUUGCAGGGUGACCUAAUGGGAAUUUAAGUUGUGAUUAUCUGCUCCUUUUUUUUCCUUCUUUUUUUUCUUCUCGCUGCUGUCCCUGUAGUGUCCCUCAGGUCAACAGGUGGAGCCUCGGCCAUGUCCACCGGCUCCGCUGCAAGUGAUGCCGAGGACGAGGACACAUGCCAGGGAAGGACUUCCACCUCGCAGAGGAGCGCACGGAAGAUACCCUGCUACGAUCCCGACCGGUUUUCAGACGAGGAGUUGGAAGAUGACGCCGUGGGGGGGAGGAACAAGCGCCACCGCAAACUGCCCGGGGCGCAGCAGAGGGACGCGCGGCAGACGCAGAGGAACGCGGCCAACGCCAGGGAGAGGUCGCGGAUGAGAGUGCUGAGCAAAGCCUUCUCCAGGCUGAAGACCAGCCUGCCCUGGGUACCGGCGGACACCAAGCUGUCCAAGUUGGACACGCUUCGACUCGCCUCGAGCUACAUCUCUCACCUGAGACAGCUUCUGCAGGACGAGCGGUUCGAGCACACCUUUGUGCACCCAGUCAACCUGACCUGGCCAUUUAUGAUGACAGGCCGAUCUGAGGAGAGCCAAGGCAUCUCACCCCCUGUGAGGCUCUGUGGGGCCACAGCGUAGGACUCCCUCAUUCAAUCAUCAGACAAUACGGAACAAUCCAUCUCUGGGAAGCUGUCCUAUUGUCCCCCUCAAUGUCCCAGGCAAUGACUUUGAACUCAAAUCCACAUCAAGUGUUGAAACCCUGAGGAUUUCAGAAUGUGGGAACAAUAAAGACUAGAAGUUGUUUUCAGAGAUAGUUUGUUGUGUGCGUGAUAAUAAGUGUUACCGGCUGGACUUGGAAGGGCAGAAUCCUCUCACAACUCAAACGAUGUCUGUCAUUUUGAGCUGACAUUGCAA